AUGGCCAACACAUCAGCUUUCCCCUUUACCGUGACAGAACAUAUCAUUGAUGGGCAGUAUAUCCGUGAAUACCCUCGAGCAACCGUCUCACAAGCUUCUUGCCUGAAGCUGGCGGUGAAGAAGUAUAUACCCAUCGACAACCCAAAACCUCAAUCAGGGGACGUGACUAUCAUUGGGGCACCCGGUGGUGGCUUUCCGAAAGAGCUAUAUGAACCGCUAUGGGAAGAUCUAAUUGCGCAAUGUAAGAAACAUGGAAUCCGAAUUGGAUCAAUCUGGACUGCAGACGCCGCAAACCUUGGUGCUAGUGGCGUGGUGAACGAGGAACUACUGGGGAAUGACCCAUCUUGGCUUGACCAUAGCCGAGACCUUCUAUACAUGAUAAACCAAUUCCGUGAUGAAAUGCCGCGACCCAUCAUCGGCGUGGGUCAUAGUAUGGGAGCAGGACAACUUGUCCUACUUUCUCUGAUGCAUCCUCGCCUAUUAACGUCUUUGAUUUUGGUAGAGCCAGUGAUCGUACCAGACACGUUCAGUGGGUACGGGCCUUUACUAUCAAAGUUGUCGCUCAAGCGACGUGAUAUCUGGCCAUCAAGGUCUGCAGCAAUCAAAGCGGCGCGAAAGACUCACGAGAAGUGGGACGAGCGCGUUCUUGAGCGCUGGGCGUUGCAUGGAUACCGCAGUCUUCCAACUGCCCUCUACCCACAGAACUUGAAAAGCGACACAGAAGACACCUGUGAUGGCCCAGUCACAUUGGCUAGCACCAAGCACCAAGAAGUAAUGCAGUAUGUGAGGCCAAACUUUGGGGCUCACAUGCCUCUUGGGCAAAAGAAGUCUACCACAGGGCCUGCUUAUGAGCCCUUGUUCCAGGCUGAUGUGAUUGGCCCUCCUACCAAAAUAUCACCUUUCUACCGCAGCGAACCUGUGAUUGCAUGGAAGCUGCUUGAUCAUGUUCGGCCAUCUGUUCUUUAUAUAUUUGGUGGCACUAGCCCCAUAUCAAAACCCAAUAUUUGUGCUGAAAUAUUACAGCGAACCGGUGCAGGUAUCGGAGGGAGUGGCGGGUUUAUGAGUGGACAGGUGAAAGAAACACGCAUUGAAGGUUGCGGGCAUCAGGUACCACUCGAAGAGGUGGCCGAGAUAGCAUCGGCGAUUGGAACAUGGAUUGAGUCGGCGGUGCAGAGAUGGCGUGAGGAUGAAAUAAGGAUUGCAAAGGGUUGGACAAAUCUGCCAACAAAGGACAAAUUGAGUGUUUCGGCUGAAUGGACACCCAGACUGGAGGCUGCUUGCAAGGUAUAUGAACAGAAGUCGAGGCUUUGA